GUGGGUGCACAUUGUGUGUGCUCUGUAUACCCCGGGUGUGGCCUUUGGAGAUGUGGACAAGCUGAGUUUGGUCACUUUGUUUGAGAUGCCGUAUUCCAAAUGGGGUGCUAAAGAGUGCUCUCUGUGUGAGGACUCCAGGUUUGGUCAGACUGGGGUGUGUAUCAGCUGUGAUGCGGGGAUGUGCAAGGCUUUCUUCCAUGUCACUUGUGCUCAGAGGGAAGGGCUUUUAACGGAGGCUGCACCUGAGGAAGUCAUGAACAUAGCAGACCCAUUCUUCGCCUACUGCAAGCUGCAUGCGGAUAAGAUCACAUCGAAGAUCAAACGGAGAAACUGGUUAGCCAUACAGUCCCAUGUGAAAACACACACACCCAGCCUGAUAGACGACGAAGAGGAGAAACUGCGCUUCAUCAGAAAGCUGAACAGGCACAGAGAGAAGUACAGUGUGUCCAAACUGAAGAGGCCACCAUCCUGGGUUCCCACACAAAAGAUGAUUCGUCAUCUACACACCAGCCCCUCGGCCGUUCGGGGAUUUCUACGCAAAGCAGAGCUGAUGGGUGCCCAGACUGUACCAGCAGAAAAAAUAGAAAUGAGGAAGAAGGCUCAGGGUCAGCCAGCAUUUACAUCAGAAUUUAUCAGCUAUUUCCUGGACAGAAACAUUAAAGUGGGUAAUCUGAAGAUUAAUCUGUUGGAUUUGACCUCACAGAACAAGAAGCUGCAGUCACAAGAGAAAGUCGUACGCAGCCAGUAUGAUAAGCUUCACACAGAGGUGAAUGAGUUGAAUAAGCAGGGAAGCAGUAUCAAGAGAGAGGUGGAGUCCUUGUAUGGCAUGCUGCAAGAUAUCUACGGAAAGCCUGUUCCACAUAUUCCUGAAGUGUUCAAGAGCAAGAAAAGAACAAGGUCCCCAAGUAAGAAAGAGACUGCAACAUCUUCGUCUGCAUUGAUCAAUCAAUGUGGAGUCUGCCACAAGACCACGGAGCAGCACCUUCUAGCUAAAUGUGACAGAUGCAACAAGCACUACCAUUUGGGAUGUCUGGAGCCUCCACUGACUCGCAUGCCCAAGAAAACCAAGCUGUAUGGAUG